AUGUCCGACGUCCCACCAACCGAGUCCAUUCCCAAACCAGAGGAACCUAAAGAACCACAACAGUCUCCUCAGCAACCUCAGUUCCAGCAAGUACCUCCGAAUUACUACCAAUUUCCACCUCAAGGUUACUACCCACCACAAGGCUUCCCGAACUACCCUCCUCAGCCUAUGCUUUACUGCCCCAACCCUUGGAUGUUUAUGCAAAACCCUGCCCCAUAA